AUGUCUGACUUGAGGGACAUGUUUGCUCACUUGAGUUUCUUUGAUGAUGGUGGUAUUUUUGCAGAAUUAGAAGUAAAAUCUACUUGGGUUCUGGAAAUUAAGGAUAAGCAGAGUUUGGAUGGAACUAUAACACCUCAGUUUAAACAGGUUAAGGAUGGAUCGACCAAGGACUUUGGGAUUAACUCUGAUGGAAUUUUUUGCUUUAGAUGGAGGUAUUGUGUGCCUAAUGAUCAUAAUUUGAGACAAUCUACACUUCAAAAAGCACAUAGUAGCUCUUAUGUUAUGCAUCCUGGUAGCAUUAAGAUGUAUCAAGAUUUGAGGGAAGUGUAUUGGUGGCCGGAUCCUAAACGUGAAGUGACCGAAUUCAUAUCUAAAUGUUUGACUUGUCGGCAAGUUAAAACGAAGCCUCAGUAUCCAUCAGGGUUGCUCCAACCAAUUCAAAUACCACGGUAG